GAUGGCGCUGCCAGCGCUGAGAGGGCGAUCUUGACAGUGACAAAUCGCGUAGAGUGGAAAAAAGAGCAAAAUAGUGGUGGAAAAGGUCAUUUUCCAGCGCAUUUUCGCGGAGAAAGAGUGAAGAGACACGAUAAACGUGCACUUAGAGACCUGUGGCAGUGUCACGAGUAGUGAUCACGCGUGAAAGUGUGGUGAAUCUGUGCGAAAGUGAGUGCGUGAAAGAUGCAAUCUUCGAUGGCAGCUCGAGUGGCGAUCGCCAAAUUUCCGUGAAGGAAUCCGCCCCCGCUUAUCAACGCGCGCCCCCCGCGUCGCGCACAGUCAACACACGGACCUGCGUGAGCUGAUAAGGCAAUUUUUCUGUGUGGCGCACUUUCCUGUCAUCCCGAUAGCAAAAGUCUGUUGACAAACAUCUGGGGGAGGAAUCUCAAACACACACGGCAAAUUGCCUGCUCAACCAAUUGAUUUGGCCAGACUCAGCGGAAGCCCUCUGAAAUCACACCCGGAAGAGCCAGAGGAGCGCCAAGGAAGAGAGAGUGAGAGACGAGAAAGAGCGGGAAAAGGCUCUCAGCCGGUGAAAUUGACGCGGGAGGAUCACUAAAAUCGCGUUGUGGGUCCGGAAAAUGGCACAGGAUGGAGAAUAGCGGACGAAAGGACGGCUCCACGUGCGCCAGCAGCAUUCGCACCAAGCAACUCUUCCACGAGAUGAAGCAGAAGUUCCCCACGGCGUCCGACGAUGUGGUCAACGACUGCGUGCUGCGUCACACGGAUCGCGCCACGUGCGUGGCACUGUUGCAACGCCACGUGGACGCUGCGCAGGCUCAGCUGGCGCCAGGUCACAUAUCGCGUCCCUCCCGGACGCCAAGUUCACCCACCAUUCACGUCACGGAGCGCUCGUUCGUGGAGCCGACGCCGGAAGGGCGAGCGGAGAGUGGAACGCUGUCCAGGCAGACGUCGCGCUUCUCCACAGAGAUCACAAUUCCGCCGCGGGAGCCGCGAGAAGUGUUCGAGGCGGAGCAAACGACGACACCCAAGGCGCCGCGUCGCUUCACAUCAGUCAAGUUCAAUCUCAAAGACUUCAGCAGGGAUGCGGAAGCGAAUGAGGGACGCGUGGAGUUGGUGCAGGCCACGAACUUCACGUACUCCAGCAGUUCGCUGGACAACAAUGAGCAGGGCUACCAGAGUCGGCUGCAUAUCAAUGUGGGCCGCAAUGGGGGCGUCAUCAGUGCUGUGAGAACGCGACCGAGUCACGGCGGCGCUUCACUGGCGCUGCCAGAACCACCUUCACCACCAGUUGUCUAUCAACCCACGCACAGUCCUGUUCCUGAGGACAAGAGCGUCAACAAUCAGCUGCGCAUCAAGAAUUCCCUCCAGAAUGAGUUUGUGAACGACCAGAAGCGCCUCUCGAGCAUGCAGCGAAGUCUGGAGACGCUGCGAGAGCCCUUCUCAGCAGAGAAUUCCCAGCGAGUGCUGCACGAAAUCACUCAGCUCCGCACCGACUGCGAAAGAAUGGCCAGAGCGGUGGAGAAGUUCGGCCCAUACGUUCUUGGCGAGACGAAUGAGGCAUUUUACGACAACAUCUACACUGGACAGAAGCUGCCGGCGCAGGUGAGACGGAGUCGCUCCACGCGCAUCAGCCAGUCCACCAGCCAGGCGGUCAUCAAUCACCACAUUCAGGUGCUGUCGGGGCGGGCGAACGGCGUGGGCGCCGAGCCCUGGACAUGCUGCAUGUGCACCUUCGCCAAUCAUCCGCUGCUGGACAACUGCGAGCAGUGCGACAUGCCCAGAUUCGCCUCGCCGCCGCCCACCAGCGCCACGCACGUCUUCCAUAUGGCCGGCUUCAACAGUUACCACGAAAGCGUGAACGGCAGCCUGCUGUAGUGCGGCCGCCAAUAUUGUGAUUACAACCAAUCUUCUGUCU